UACCGAAGCGUGUGACUGUGUUCCCGUAGGCGCUGAUCUCUUCAUAUAAACCAAUGAUUUCCACUGCCCUGUUAAAGACAGCCGCCCGUGCCACACAUUCCUCCACACGAAUCUUCAUGCAGCAGGCUAAACGCAUCACCAGCAUGCCGAUACAGGUUGGUCAAAAACUUCCUGAUAUAGAAGUGCAAGAGGGAGACCCAGGGAAUAGCAUCUCAAUGGCUCAACUCUUCAGGGGGAAAACAGGUGUACUAUUUGGCGUCCCAGGUGCAUUUACUCCUGGAUGUUCCAAGACUCAUCUCCCAGGCUUUAUAAAGAUGGCUGGAGAAUUGAGGGCCAAAGGUGUGCAAGAAGUUGCCUGUGUGUCUGUUAAUGAUGUCUUUGUUAUGUCUGCCUGGGGAAAUCAAAAUGGAACAGACGGUAAGGUGCGGAUGCUGGCUGACCCCAAUGGCGCUUUCACACAGGCUGUGGGUCUCAUUCUAAACAAUGAGCAGCUUAUCAAGGUGCUCGGAAAUUUGAGGUCUCAAAGGUAUGCCAUGCUGGUUGAAGAUGGAGUGGUGAAAAAGCUCAGUGUGGAGCCCGAUGGGACAGGCCUGACCUGCAGCUUGGCCCCAAAUUUUUUGUCUGAGAUUUAAGUUAAAUAUUAGUUACUCACCACCUCUCUUCUUAUAGACCUAAUUGCCAAUUUCUUAUUUCAAAUGCAGUAUUCUAGUAAACAUCAACAAAGAACAAACACUACAGUGUGUACUGUGGCGAAACCUAUUUGAACUGACUUGUUUACUUGGAGCAAUAGUUAAACCAUUCAUAUUUUGAGGAGUGAAAUAUGCCAAUGUUUAUCUGUUUAAAGGUGACAUAGAAUGAUUGAACGGGGUAUUUAUCUUUCUUCUGUGAUGUGACAUGUAGACAAAAAAUGUUUUGUUUGGGUCUGUAAUGCCUUAGAAGCUUCCUAAAAACCUCUCUCAGAUAACUCUAUUAGGAUGGGGGAUUUUAAACAAGUGGUUUUGCACCUAUUUGGCUCCCCCUACUGGCUUAACUUGCAAUCUCAUUACUGAUUGGCUGACUUUGCUGCCACUCAAAAAAUGUAGCCAAUUAUUUUAAAGUGGAGGGGCAGUGAGAUGCCUGUGAUGUCACAAGCAUCAGUUUUUCAGAUUGGGCCGUUUUCUGGCUGACAUUUCUAACAGAGGAAUUCCUAUGAGACUGAGAUGUUUAGCAUGUUUAGCACUUUUUGUAUGUUCAUGAAUGCGGGUAGACUACCAUUAUUCAACAAAGACAAGGUAAAAAUGGGUUUUCAUUCUCUGUCCCCUUUAACGCACAAAUCUUUACUGUUACAUGACAUAACCCUUUGUGGUUGUCCCAGCUGCAAUAAAGUUUUCUUUCUGGCUGCA